AUGGGUUACUGGUCGGAGUUAAGAGCCUGGCUCUUUAAAGAUCCUGCCAAAAUUAUCCGUUAUGUUGUACUGUUUGUUUGUUGUAUUAUUGUAAUUGUUCAGUUAUAUGAAUGUUUCUCGAAAUUAGAUAAUCCUCCAAUAUCCACUCAUUCGUAUUAUAACUUAAAUGAAACCAUUGAAAUGCCAGCUGUGACAAUAUGUCGUGAACCUCCAUAUAAGGAGGAAGAAUUAACGGAAAUAUCCGGUAAUAAUUGUACCCAUCCCAAAUAUAGUUCCUGUUGGAAUUUAUAUCCCUAUGAUGAGGUGCCAAUUUCGGAAUUCUUUAUAAAUUCAACAUUCAAUAUCAGUGAGACCUUUUACAAUGAUCAAUAUGGGCUGAAUUCUUUUAAAUCGAAUGUUGAGAUCACCAGUAAUACACAAUUCUUUCGUGGACGAUGCCACACGAUACGACCAAAGGUUGCCCUACGAAGAGCUACCAAAAAUUCCGGAUAUUCGAUAAUGUUGCAACAUCAUGUUCCAAAAAGUGACGUGGAUUUGGAUAAAUAUGAAACUCGGCCAGGGUGGCAUGUAUAUAUCCAUGAUCCAAAGGAAAAUUUUACCGAAGUUAGUAUGAAGGCCUCUGGCAGGGUGGAAUAUGUUUUCGUCGAUAUCGAUGAAGAAAUUGAAAUUAAGCUGCAGAGUCAAUACUUUUCGAAUAUUGAAACUAAAUAUCAAUACUGUAACAAAGAUGAAAAUUACAGUGAAUUGAAGUGCGGCGAAAAUUGCAUAUUGGACUCAGUUGGUAAAUAUGCCAAUUGUUCUGGACCUUGGCUGAAAAAUGAUCACAAAAUGGAGCCCUGCAAUUCCUACAAAUCGAUAAUGAAACUGAUUGGAGAAUAUGGAAGAGUUUAUGAGAGCGAUGAUGAUCCGGAAUGCGAUUGUGAACAGCCCUGUGAAUCGCGUAUUUUUUCCACCUAUAUACAGAAUCGGAAAAAUUUCACCAAAAAUAUUGAGCCCAGUAGUCAGAUUUAUAUAUACUAUACAACGAAGUUGAUAUCGAUGAUGGAAGAACGUCCUAGUUAUGACACCACGCAAUUUAUUGCCGAUGUUGGUGGUUCUUUGGGUUUCCUAUUGGGCCUAUCCGUUUUGGGACUAAUUGGCAUAUUGGAGCAGAUAGCACUCCUCUUGUGUGGUGGGGUCAUCAGGAAAAUGCAAAGCAAACAUGAGAAACGCAAGAAGGCUAUUGAAGAAUUGGAUAAGGGCUCACAAAAGAGUGAUGCCACGGUAGAUAUUGCCACCAUCUACAAAUAA